AUGUCAAGCCACAAAGAGGAAAGAAUUAUAUUGAAUGUUGGCGGAAUUAAGUACGAGACAUACCGUUCAACGCUCACCGCUUAUCCUGAUACAAUGCUUGGUACAAUGUUCCAAGAAAGAAAUGGUUCGUUACUUCAUCCGACCAACGGCAAUGAAUAUUUCUUUGAUAGAAACGGAUAUGCAUUUCGUUUCAUAAUUGAGUUUUAUCGCACUGGUAAGAUUCUUUGGGAAGAACCAAUAACAUACAAUAACACAAGUUCUUUGAUGGUCACUCGUAAUGAAUUACAUGAAGAAAUAGAAUAUUUUCGUAUUCCAUAUAAUCUCGGUAUUGAUAAUAGAAGAGUGCGGUUCAAACAACGACCAGCCGAGGUUAUCGAUGUAUUCGUGUUAGUGCUAGAAUCAUUUAUUGACAUUGCCUUGCAGGAAUGGCAUGGUGAUGUCAAAAUAUAUCUUUAUGAGGAUAUGAUUUCUUUCAAGGCUUUUUUUGAUAAUGAGGACGUGUCGAAUCGUCAAUUUGCGGAUCCAAAUGGUUUCAAAGUUUUUAAAAGGAUGGGAUAUAAAAUUUUAAAUUCUUUUGCUAAAAAUAUUGCAGAAUAUUUUAAAAAAUUGAUUCCUGGGCUUCAAUGGGAUUGUCAUCAUUUCGAUAACCAAAUUCCACAGUCGAAAUUGAUAUUAAUGUCCCAAAUAUUUAAUAAUUCACUAAAAUCUAGUCGAGAGUUAAAUCAUCGCGUUAAAUCGAUAUCAGCAUCAACUUUUUCUCCCACGGAAAUUGAUUUAUUGAAAAAUGGUGGUAAUGCUAAAGCUGCAGAAAUAUGGCUCGCAAAAUAUAAGUGGACAGAUUUUCCUGAGCCCGAUUCGGAGGAUAUUGAUUCCAUUAGGAGUUUCAUGCGUAUGAAAUAUAUUCAAAAAAAAUGGUUGGAUGAAUCCCUGUUACCUGGACAAUCUUUGAAAAUAUCUACCAACGAAAAUUUGGAUGGAAAAGAAACAUUCAUGAUUAAUCCUCCAGCUCUGAACCGCAAAUCUAGCAAUUUCACUAACAAUUCUUCGAAUGAUUCACUAAAUCGGAAUUCUAGCAUAGCAUCCAAUGACAAAAGAAAAUCUUUAGUGGGUGAUAUGAAUACUCUCAAAACCGCACUAGAAAUUAAUUGGAAUAAUAAUAAUAAUUCAAACGAGAAAAUGAUCGCUAACAUUCCGAUAUUGCCAAGACCGAAUGCAAGCAGUCUUACUAUUAAUACACCAAAACAAACAUCCAAUAUUUUAUCAAACUCAGGCCAAGAUCGUGAGUCUAAACCGGAAAAUGAGAUCGACGAUUUCUUCUCUUCAUUAAAUAACACAUCAACGCAAUUUAGUGCAUCAACACAAGCCAUCUCAAGAAAUAAAGAAACAAAUCCUUUUGAUACUGUAUUGUCAACUGCACAAAAGUUAAAGUCAGAUCCGUCAACUGACACUUACCAAGAAUUUCAAAAUUUAAGUUUGGCAGGUCUUGUAACUUUACCUGCUUCAUCACAACGAUCUUCGCGUAAUAACCCUCAGAUCACAUCAAAUUUUCAAAAUGCAAACGUCAUCGAUCUCUUUGGCAAUUCUGUAUCCUCGUCAACAACGAACCUAAAUAACAUUUCUUCUAAAAAUGUUGAUAGCGAUCUUUUUAGUGAUUUCCAGACACCAGACUUAAAUUCGAAUAUCACUGACUCACAAAACAUAACAUAUCGACAGAAAACACCUAACCAAAUAAAUUCUUCACAACCGAGUGCCAUGUCGCCUAAUUCCAAUACCUUUACUAAAAAUCCUUUUCCUACUCAUAUAUCAUCAAAUUUAUCAUCUGCACGGACAAGUACUUCGGAUUUGUCAUCUAUACUUUCAGGUUCACUUUCUGAAAACUUUAGUAUGGGAAGCCUUACUAAUAAUUCUAGUGAUAUUAAUGGCCAUAGAAGAUAUUCUGGAGCCCAUAAUUUAUUGAACAGUGGAAUACAGCAACCGGACUCAACCCUUACAGGUUCAGGGAAUCUAUUUCCAUUCGUAUCCCCUGUAGCCACAACAGUGAUUUCACAGCCACAUGGAUCUGGUCAUACUAAGAAAAUAUCUUUUGAUACAGCAUUCAGCGACUUGGAUCCGCUUAAAAAGCAAUAA